GCUAGGGGAGGAAGAAUGCGGGUCUACUUAAUGGUUUUCUGCCUUAUUUCCUGCACUACACGUGGGCAAAUAGUGUAUUCCAUCACGGAGGAAACGGAACGUGGAGUGUCCAUUGGAAAUAUAGCAAAAGACUUAGGAAUAAAGGCGGCUACACUUUCUUCACGGAAAUUUCGCAUGAUCAGCAGUUCAAGUAAGCAAUAUUUUAAUAUAGAUGUAAGCACGGGGGCUUUAACUGUUAAGGAACCCAUAGACAGAGAGCAGGUUUGCGAAUUAAAAUCUACCUGUUUUCUGAAUUAUGAACUUGUGCUAGAAAACCCUCUAGAGCUUUAUAGGAUGAAAUUUAAAGUCCUGGACAUAAAUGACAACUCCCCCAGCUUUUCCCUAAGUGAAUAUCAUGUAAAAGUGGCUGAGUUCCUGUCACCCGGGACACGGUUUACGCUCCCCAUGGCCCAGGAUUUGGAUGAAGGUUCCAACGGUGUCCAGAAUUAUACUCUGAGCCCUGAUGAACAUUUCCGUUUGGAAAUGCAGACACGCGGGGAUGGGAGUAAGUAUCCUGAAUUGGUGCUGGAGAAAGCCUUAGACAGGGAGCAGCAAGCCACUCACAGACUUAACCUUACAGCCAAAGAUGGUGGGAAUCCCCCAAAGUCUGGUGAUGUCCAGGUCAUUGUGACUGUGCUGGAUACCAAUGACAACGCACCGGAAUUUGAGCACUCGGUCUACAGGGCGAGUAUCUUGGAAAACUCCCCCAAUGGCACUUUGGUUGUCCGAGUACAUGCCACAGAUUUGGACGAAGGUCCAAAUGGAGAAGUCAGGUAUUCAUUUAGCAAUAGCACUGCUGCUGAUCUACAGCAAAUGUUCUUAAUUCACCCUCACACUGGGGAGGUGACAGUCAAUGGCGCUUUAACUGUUCAGAGACCUCUUCUUGAGAUGCUUAUUGAGGCAAGGGAUAAAGGGGCAUUUGGCAUGUCCAGCACAGCCAAGCUGCUGGUGGAAAUCACUGAUGUGAACAAUCAUGCCCCAGAGAUAACAAUUGCAUCCCUUUCUAGUCCCAUCCCYGAAGAUGCUGUACCUGGCACUGUGAUAGCUCUGCUGAGUAUUAUGGAUAAAGACCCUGGGGAGAAUGGGAAGAUAACCUGCCAGAUCCCUGCUAACCUUCCCUUCCAGCUAAAACCCUCCCUUGAAAAUUACUACAGCCUGAUCACUAGUGGGCUUCUGGAUCGAGAGUUGAUUAGUGAGUACAACAUCACCAUUACUGCCACAGACCUGGGAUCCCCUCCCACUACUUCUCAGAAGACCCUUUGGGUGCAGAUUUCCGACGUGAACGACAACCCCCCUCUCUUCACUGCUGAUGCCUGUAACGUUUCUGUGGAGGAGAACAAUCCACUUGGUGCUUUUCUUUAUCGCGUUUCAGCAUCUGACCCUGACGUGGGGGAAAAUGGACGAGUCUCUUACGUGCUCAGGAACUCCACAGUUGCAGGCGAUGCCCUGACCAGUUUUUUAUCUGUGAGCUUGGCCAAUGGGAGCAUCUAUGCAAAACGUGCCUUUGACUUUGAGCAGUUUAGGAGCUUCCAUUUCCAAGUGGAAGCCAAAGACAAUGGAUCACCAGCCUUGAGCACUGCCAUAACUGUGAAUGUUUACAUCUCAGACCAGAAUGACAAUGCUCCAGCCAUCCUGUAUCCCAUUAGCCAGAAUGGCUCCAUAGCUGUGGAAAUUGUGCCCCGCCUGGCUGAUGAGGAUUACCUGGUGACCAAAGUGGUGGCAGAUGAUAAUGACAACGCACAGAAUGCCUGGCUCUCCUAUCAUCUUGCCCAAUCCUCUGAUUCCWCACUGUUCCACUUGGUACCACACUCCGGUGAGCUGCGUACCACRCGCUCCAUGCGCACCACUGACUUUCUCAAGCACAAGGUGGUCGUGGUGGUGCGCGACCAUGGGGACCCGCCACUCUCUUCRACCGUGACUGUGGGUAUCCUGCUGGCUGACUCCCUGCCCCAGGCACUGCCUGACUUUGAUGACAGUGGGGAGCCCCCACCCCUGCUCAAUGCCACAAACCUCUACCUGAUUGUUUCCCUUGCCUGUGUCGCCUGUGUCUUUGCAGCAUUCCUGCUCUUCCUUGUCUUUGCACGGCUGUGCCACUGCCGGACUUCCCAUCACUAUGGAUGCUGCAGCUGCUGUCACUGCUGUCCAGUGGAUGAGUAUGAGAAGCAUUGCUACAAUGUCCGCAUGCUCCCCAGCUCCCACUUCACACCAGAUAUGCUGGAAGUUACUGGUGUGGGCAAACUGACUCAUACCUACUUGUACAGGGCAUCUGUAGGCCUUGCACCUGGUAAUGGCAGCAUCCCUAAUGGUGAUGCUGGGAACCUUCCCAGUGGCUCAGGGUUACAAAUGUCAGGACCUUGCAUCCAAGUGCAGCAGGUCCAAAGCAAUCGCUUAAGUGCUGUUCUUGUGGUGCUGAAUCGGAGCCAGCCGCGGCUUAGCGUUCUCCCCCGCCUCCUCCCGCGCAGCAGCUGGAGCAGGAGAAAGCGGAUCCAGCGACACCCGGUCCCUCCUCCUUCCUCCUCCUCCUCUUCCUCCUCCCCCGAGCCGCCGGAGGGAGAAAGGCCGGAGCCGCCGUCUCGGGCAGCGGGCAGCAUGGACCGGGCGGCUGCGAUGGGGCCGGCGGCUGCGACGGGGCCGGAGGCGGUCGGCGGCAGCGAGUGGCCGCUUGCAUGA